CCGCCACCUACAGUCACAAACGUAUUCACCCACCAUUGAAGCUCCUUUUACUCUUUCCACCUACCACAUAACGUACUCGAACACUCACAUUCCAUCAGCGUCAUGAAUCCAGGAAUGGAGGCUAGUGAGCAACCCGAGAAACAAAGUUCGAGCAGUGUGUCUAAGAAAGUCGCGGAGAUGUGGGAGAAAAUGAACGAAGGAGUCCCCAAAAGGCGGGUCAACUUCUUCUCAAAGAGUUCAACCGCUCAAAAAACAGCUAAUAAUAAUAAUAACAACUGGAGAGGUUAUCUUGGUGUGGAUAAGAAGAAUAAGAAGAAUGAUUACACAGUUGUACAAAAGGAAGAUAGCGUUUUGGAUAAUAGCUGUAGCGAGGAGGCUAAGAGCAUUGCUGCAGCCGCUCUAGCUGCUGUUAGAAACGCUACUGCAACCGCUGCAGCUGCAUCGAGCCGUGGCAAAAUUGAGAUAACAGAGGUGAAAGACUUUGCGGGUCAAGAAAUCGAAGUAAAGAGGUUAGUGGAAGCGGGUUCAAGGGAAGCAUUAGAUAGGGGAGAUAAAGCCUCUUCUUCUUCCUCUGCGGCGGCGACGCCAUCAGCGGUUGAUGCGGUUCUUGAGCAGAUUAAAAAGAAACAGAAGCUGAGCGUUUUGGACAAGACCAAGAAAGAUUGGGGAGAGUACAAGGAAGAGAACAAAGGUGUUGAAGACGAGCUAGAUAAGUACAAGAAGAGCUCGGAUCAGUAUCUAGACAAACUUUCUUUCUUGGAGAGAGCUGAUUACAAACAGUUUGAGAAAGAGAGAGACGCUCGUUUAGCUCUUCAGUCCAAGAGAAAACACGAUGAUGUCUGA